CACUCAUUAUUAUCUAUUUUUCUGGCUAUUCCCAUAAAACCAUUUUAUUCUCAUAAAACUGUUCUAUUAUUUAAAAAAGUAGAUUUAUACUUCUUGUUUUCUAUUGCAAAACAAAAAGAUUUUCUAGUUUAUUAUAUUCAAGUCAAAUCUGGUUUUUUUCUCUUUCCAUUUAAUCUAGCUGUACCAUAAUGAGCCAAAUUUUGCAUCAACCAAACAACGCGCAUAUAACAAGCACAAAUAUCCUAGCACCAAAAAAUGCUGAUUCUGUCCCAAAUCAUCUAAGCCAGAGAAAUAAUAUUAAUGAUAAUGCUGAUGGUAAUAAUACCCAUUUCAACACCACCACCAACAAUAUUAAUACUAAUAUCAAUAACUACAAUACUAAUAUCAAUAGCUAUAAUAACAAUAUUAAUCAUAUGCAGGGCCCACUACCCUUCAAUAGCUCCAAUACAACAAAAUCAAUUCCUGAAAUAUAUCCUGAUCCUACUCCUUCAAUCUUAAAUACCCUUAAUAUAACGCCAACUGAACUAAAUCAUAAAUUUUCUAAAGAAUCUAAGUUGUACGAAGAAAAUGAAGAUACAAUUAGUCACAAAUCCAAAGAUAUAAAGACACCUAAAAGCAAUCUGAAUGGUUCCAAUGAUUCUCACAUUUUGGCUCCAAUCGAUAAUAACAAAAAAGUUCAAAAAUCAAUCAAAUCCUUACAUUCAACUCAACAUCAAUCAAAAUCAAAAAGAAAUACUCCUGAUACAAUCACAAACUCUUCUUUUUCUGCUUCUGUUCGUCCCAAAAUUUCAAAUGACAUUAUUCGAAAUUACAAUAUUCCAACAAAACCUGAUACCGAUUCCAAAAAAGUCAACAAAAGUGAUAAUAAAGAUCAAAAUGUCUUAUUUGUGACAAACUCCCCUUUACAAAAUAAAAAUGAACCCAAAAAAUCCUAUAGAAAAUCCCUUACUAGGAGGUUUAAAUUUCAUAAAAAACUUAAUCAUGACAGCUUCAAUAGCAAAAAUAAAGUUAAAACAAAAAAAAACAAACCAUCUAAAAAUAAAUCUGAUAAAUAUUCCACAAACUUAUCAAGAAAAAGUUCGGUAUACUCUCAAGAUUCAAGACUUAACAGGGUCAACUCGGCUUAUAGAAGAGCCAGUGGUAAUUAUUUGGAUAUUAAUCUUAAAAGAGAAAAUCAAAACUCAGAAAUUUCUAAUACUGCAGUAUAUUCAAGAAAUCUAAGUUUUGAAAAUGGAAACAACGAUGAUAAUUCUAAAGAUAUUAGUAAUAACAACAUCAAUAACAAUAAAAAUAAAAAUACCGAAAGCAAAGAUAGUGAUUCUUCAAUGAUUAAUCAACAAAAGAGUAAAAAAUGGUUUUUUUUCCCGGUCAAAAGAAAAUCAUCAUUAUCAAGAACAACAAAAAAUCCUUCAAAAAAACAGCAUUUUCAUCAAAAUUAUGUUAAUCUGUAUUUAAGAAAUACUCCAGCAGAAUCCGUUCUUUAUAGGAAAAAAUCUGUUUUAUUAAAAACAGAUGGAAAUAAGUUUGUUAUAUUUAAAAAAACCAAUAACAUUGAUCCGUUAAUAAAACCGAAUUUUGAAAGUAAAGAAGCAUUAUACCAUAAAAUAAAUGAGAUAUUUGGUGAUGACGAUGAUAAAAAUUCAUUAAAAACGACCAAUUCUAUUGUUAUGAAUAAUGCAUUACCAAAAUAUUUACUAAAGUUUGGAUAUGAUUUGAAUCAAGAUGAUUUAACUUACUAUUAUGGAUUAGAUCGUAAAAGCCGAAGAAAAUAUUACAACCUUAAUGCCAAAGAUAAUUCUAAUUCGAAUAUAAGUAUUAGUGAAAACGAAAAGCCCUCCAAGAAAAAUAUUUAUUUGCAGCUAUUUAAAGUAUCUCCCAAACUCAAAUCACAAAUUAAAUACACUGAUUUUGAUGAAAAUAAAAACAUAUUAUUAAUAACACCCGAUAUGAGCAGAAAAAAUAGUAUAAAGGCAAGUAGUUGGUAUAAUACGAGUUAUCAAGAUGAUCAAAAAAUAGAGGGAAUUGAUCGAAAAUUAAGAAAAGUUCAAAAACAAGAAUCACAAAUUGAGACAGAUGAUUUAUUGUCCGACGGUAAUUUGAAAGAUACAGAGAAAAGUAAAAAGAGAUCUACUAAUAUUGAAGGUGGAGAUGAUGAGGAUAUAUCAGAUAACAAUUCUCAGGAUCGAACAUCUAAUUUGGAAAACUUGAGAAUUAUUGAAAAAAACUCUCAACAGACAUUGAAAAAGAACAAAUCAAAUGAAGUUGGUGAUAAGUCUAUGGACAAGUCAUUUGAAACUUCAUUUGAUAAAUCUAUUAAAAGAUCCUUUGAUCAAUCAUUAGAUAAGGCCUUUAUAACCCCAGUGCAAAAUGCUGCAACAAGUUAUACAAAUGAAAAGGUGCAUCGAAAAGUUGAUUCAUUUAACACCACCAAAGAUACAAAUAAUGAUAGGAGUGUCAAUGAUAACAAGAAUGGGAAUGAAAAUGAGAAUAAGAAUGUUGAUGGUGGUAAUAAUGAAAACAAUGAGAAUAAAUAUAAAAAACCCAAAGCUAUACUUAAUAACGACAAUAUAGAGGAUUCUAAUUUAACUAUAAAGGGGCCGAUUUCUCCCAUAGCGUUAAUAAAUCCCAAUUUGACACCUACUAAUAAUAUGUUAUUAGAUACAAUGAAUACUGAUAGCACCAAUUCUUCGUUAAUUUCAGCUCCGGGUUUUAUCUCUGUUUCUCAUGUUACUGGUAAAAAUUCGAGGUUGUUAUCACCAAUUACUCUUAGUCACCAAAAGCUGCUUGAAGAUACAAAGGGAGUUUCUGCUGUGAAAACCAGUCAGGAAUUAGGUGAUAAAGACAAGAAGAAGAGUGUCGAUAGCGAUAUUAAUAGUAAAAAUAAAGAUAAAGAUAAAGAAAUUGAUAAGAAUAGUGAUAGAAACAGUGAUAAAUAUAAUACGAGAAACCGAGAGCUUACUGAUGAGAUAUUGAGUGAGUUGAAUAAGAAAGAUGAAUUAAAGGCGGAUGAUUUAUCAAAAGCAACCAAGAGUGAAAAUAUUAUAAUAGUAAAUAAAGAAGAUGAUAAAAAUAAAGAAAAUAAAAAAGCAGAGCAAGUUGGGAGAGAGAAAAGUAUUCAAGGGUAUAUACCAAGAGAAGCAGUUGAUGGAAAGUCCAAACUAGCAAGAGUGACGGAUCAACUGGGAUUGAUAAUUGGAAGAGAUAAAAAGGAAAAAAAUGAGGAUAUUAAGAGAGGUAGUUCUGAAAGUGAAUUAUCCGAGAAAGAUUAUGAGAUGUGGAAUGAAUAUUUAAGGAAAGUGAUUAAUGAAAGAAUCAAAUGGAGAUUAAAUAAUUCAUUGAAACUUGAUAAUAAUUUAGCAAAUGAAGGAAGAGAUAAAAAAGGAGAUGAAGAAAUUAGUAGAGAUGGUUUGGUCGAAAAGAAGCAUCAACGCAAGAAGUUAAGGUCUCAUAUGAGUAAAGAGAAAUUGGAGUUGAUAAACGAAAUGAGCCGAAAUAGAAAUAGAAAUAGAAAUAGAGAUGGGGAUGAUGUUUCAGUCAAGAAAGAAAAAGCAAGCGAAAUUGAUAAUAAUGAUAAUAAUGAUAAUGGCAAUGGCAAUGGCAAUGAAGAAUUUCUUGGAGUGGAGGAAAUCAAUUAUCAUAAUUUUAACAAAAAACCGAUUAAAACACAGAGUUUGUUUAACUUUGAUGUUAAGGAUAAUUAUUUAAAAGUUCUUAAUCUAGAAAGAAAAAAAGAAUCAGAAGAUGCAGAGCAAGAAAAAGUGAGAGAGUAUAGAGAUAGACAGUUGAUUAAAGAGAUAAAUAAGCAGAAUAAGUCGUUGACGCAGAUGUUAGUUGCAACAAGAAAAAACAGAGAGGUAGUGAGAACUAAUGAAUCGCUUAAUACUAGUCGCAAUAGCAGCAGUUCAUCGUUUAAGAUUAAAACUCGAUCCAAGAUAUCAUUAUUGACUAAUUUGGACAAGAUUGAAAAUGAUUCGUCAUUUGAGAAAUAUUUGAAGGGAGGAGAAUCGUUUGAGUCGGAGAUUGAAAUCAAAUCGAUUUCAACUACAGAUUUGAUACAUGGAAUAUUUAUAUCUGAUGAAGAACUAUCAAUUACUUCGUACCACUCCAGCUCUGGUAAUGGGUCCAGGAAUAACAGCAGCAACAGUGGUAAGAACAUGAAAAAGGGCAAAGAUCGAGAGAUCAAGACGAUUAUCCGAGAACCAAUUCAAAUCCAACCGUUGUCCCCACUGCGAAUCUACCAGAACAAGUUGGCACAGUCGCAAAAUGCGUUUGAAACCAUCAGCUCGCACUCCCAGUCAAAUUCCAACUCAAUAGUGAGCUCUGCUGCAAACUCCAUCGCUGACGAAGAGGAACAGCAUCUGCGUUUCAAAAGAUAUCCAGCGUCGCUCAUCUCGGUGUCGUCCUCCACGCCCUCUCUUCCACACCAGGCCAGAAGAGACCUCAUUCCAGGGAUCCUGCGCCGGAGAACAACCCCUGCUCCUAGCGGCGAGCUUUCUGUCCUCAGAAGCCUCUCGAGAACCAGUCUUCCUGCUGGAGCUCGAAGCAGCUCCUCCAGAAACAGCAGCUUGAGAGUCGCUGUGUAGUAUAUGUAAUGUACCAUAUCGGUGGUGUAAUAUAGCAGCUGCCAAGCGCAGCAUCCUAA